GACCACUUCUGACACUUGCAGUGUAAGUGCAUAUUUUGGCAACAAAACAACGUGCGAACGGUUGGUCGUGCGGUUUUCUACAUGUAAUCAGUCCUUAAAUGCAAAAAUCCAAAAUGAUACUAGACAAAAAGUCUGAUCUGAUAACUACAAUUGAAGAAGAUGCAGAUAUUGAAAACUUGUCGGCGGAUUCGGACGAGGAAGUUGAGUACCAACCGACAAAAUUGAGACAUAAACGAAUCACAGAAUUCGAAAAAGGCUUUGAGUUUGUUUCGUCGGCUAAGGAGUACAAUGUGGACACUUGGGAUGAUUUGAUGAAGUUUGUGAAACGGAAGGCGCGCACAAAGACGGACGAUAAAAUUGCCGCAAAAUUAAAGGACCGCCCUGCCCAGGCAGGAGAUAGUAGCGAAGAAGAGCUCGAUCUUUCAGAAGACGAACUAAAGCACGACGGCCUCAGAAUCCGGGAAGGAGUGAAGAAAAAGAGUAAAAAGAAGAAGCAAAAAGAAUUAGAAGAGGAAGAAGCUGAGAAUGAGGCAGACAAAGAUUUCUUUGAGGAAGGAACCAAUAAUGAAGAAAUCACAUCUUUCUACCAAAUGAAUCUUUCGCGGCCGCUUAUGCGAGCUAUAGGUGUUCUAGGGUAUAUUUACCCCACGCCAAUCCAGGCAUCGACAAUCCCGAUAGCGUUGCUGGGCCGCGAUAUAUGUGGGUGUGCGGCUACUGGUACCGGCAAGACCGCGGCGUACAUGCUUCCGACCCUGGAACGAUUGCUCUAUCGCCCGGUUAACAACAAAGCUGUAACGCGUGUUUUAGUUUUGGUCCCGACACGUGAAUUGGGCGCGCAGGUUUACCAGGUGACCCGGCAACUGUGUCAAUUCACAAGCAUUGAAACUGGUUUGGCUAUUGGCGGUUUGGAUGUGAAGGCACAGGAAAAUGUUCUCAGGCAGAACCCAGACAUCGUGAUUGCGACGCCAGGAAGGCUGAUAGAUCACAUCAAGAACACGCCGAGUUUCAGUUUGGAAUCUAUUGAGGUGCUCAUCCUCGACGAAGCCGAUCGUAUGUUGGAUGAAUAUUUCGCCGAACAAAUGAAAGAAAUCAUCAACAGCUGCUCGAAAACGCGUCAAACUAUGUUAUUUUCAGCGACAAUGAGCGAACAAGUCAAGGAUUUAGCAGCGGUUUCGCUCGACAAACCUGUAAAAGUGUUCGUGAACAACAAUCAAACUGUAGCGUUCAAUCUCCGGCAAGAAUUCAUUAGGAUUCGAGAGGACAAAGAGGGCGAUCGUGAGCCGAUCCUUGCCGCCCUAAUUUGUCGUACGUUCCACGACCAUUGUAUGGUUUUUGUUCAGACGAAAAAACAAGCGCAUCGCUUACAUAUUUUAUUGGGACUUCUUGGAGUCCGUGCUGGAGAAUUACAUGGAAACUUGACCCAACAACAGCGACUUGAUUCGUUGAAAAAGUUUAAAGAGGAACAGAUUGAUGUGCUCAUUGCAACUGAUGUGGCCGCUCGUGGGUUGGAUAUCGUAGGCGUGAAAACUGUGAUCAAUUUCGUUAUGCCCAUCACAACCGAGCACUAUAUUCAUCGUGUUGGUCGAACCGCUCGAGCUGGUCGUGCAGGUGUGUCUGUUUCGUUAGCGGGCGAGAAGGAACGUAAGAUUGUCAAGGAUAUCAUCAAAAAUGCCGAAAGUACAGUGAAGAAUCGAAUUAUUCCACCAGAAAUCAUCGAGAAAUAUCGUAAAAAAGUGAACGCGCUGGAGGCAGAGAUUCGUAACAUUCUCGAGGAGGAGCGUGUCGAGAGGCAAAUGGCGAAGACUGAACAACAACUUUCUAAGGCCGAGCGGCGUCUCAAAGGAAUGCAAGACAAACCUCGUGAUUGGUUCCAAACGAAAAAGCAGCGCGAGGAAGAAAAAGAGCGUUUGGCCCUAACACCAUCUGAACCAAAACAAAAUGCAGGUGGUGCAAAGAAAAAUCCGAAAGCAGGAGCGAAACGUGAGUGGGGUGGAGACGGCGAAGAUGGACCGCCAGUUGUCGAGAAGAAGUCAAAAAAAGCAAAGGAAGAGAAGAAAAAAUCGCCAGAGCAAUUGGCGAAAGAACGAGCGCUCAAGGAAUUAGAACAAGUUUCACUGGUUCGAGCCAAAUUAUCAAAGAUUAAAAAACGUCCCGGAAAACUGAAUGCAAUAGCCGAUGUCACUCGAGCCGAUAAGGUCAGCGGUGGAAAGAAAAAUCGAUCGAAAUUCGCCAUUGACUUGACUGAUGUUAGCAGGAGUGGAGCGAAACGAUUGAGAUCGGAAGCAAAUCGGCACAAGAAACUGAAGGGAAUACAAAACAAGAAACUGAAGGGUGCAGGUAACAAUGUGAAGCUGAAAAACAAAGCGGGUUUGAACAAUUUCAACAAGGGUAAACAUUUUGGUGGACCAAGAUUCUCUAAGAAGAAGAAAUGAAAAGAUUAGUUCAUAUAAUUUUGUUAAUUACAUACGAAAUAAAUAUAUGUCGGUU